AUUUAAUUAAAAAUUAACAAACAAAACUAUGGAUUCCACUAAAGAAAGAGUUGAAGGAACAAGAGCCACUGUUAUUGAAAUUAUUGGUAGAACAGGUAAUAAAAUUUAUAAUAAUUUGUAUAGGAUCUAGAGGUGGUAUUACAUAAGUUAAAGUUUAAUUGGUUGGAUAAUAAAGAACAUUAAUUAGAAAUGUUAUGGGUCCAGUUAGAAAGGGAGACACCCUAGAGCUUAUGGAAUGUGAAAGAGAAGCUAGAAGAUUAAGAUGAUUGGAUGAAUUAUGUACAUUAAAAUUGCACAUUUAAUCGUUAUAGCUAGC